AUGCUGGAUCACGGCCCAUCACGGGCUACAUCACAGUUGAUUAGGCACCUUGUGCCUGCGAAUACUAAUGCACAAAAUACGUCUUCUACAGUAGAUAUUUCGUACUCUCCAACCAGUUCAUCAUUACCAGUAACAUCUCAGUUAUCUACUCCAUCACCUAUUGAGGAUCACCCUGAUAAGGAGAAAGAUAUUACUCCUAAUUGCUUACCCGAACUAGAACAUAUCUUGACAAGAUCUGAAUCUAAAACACCUGUAACCUCUUUGCCACGAGACAUUAUCGAUGACGAUUUAGCUGAGACCCUAGAUUUUGUAGAAACGGUUUAUAAGGAAUAG